GGGAGGAGAAAUGCUUAAUAACACAGGCGAUUCCAAAAUACAUUUGAAAUUAACAGAACAUGUCUUCAUUCUGCGCAAUUACGCACGAUGAUCCAUGGACACAGUGUGUCCUUGCCAAGGCAUUUCCAGUAGAAUAACCUCCAAAAAAGACCCAGGAUAUUUGUUAUGUUUUAUAUGUUUUCUGUGGAUCAUUUGUUUAAAUGUUUAGAUACUAAGUAUUCGGCAGUUUAUAGGCGAUCCAACAUUUGACGUCACAUGUCAACUUUUGUGAUGUAUGAGCGCACUGCGGUUUUUAAGUUUCAGUCUAUCUGCACAUCAGGCUGAAAAGUGGGAUGGUAGCCAGGGUGGCCACAGACAACAGGAAAUAAAAACGUGUUUUAUAGGUCAGGUAUUUUGGGAAUAUGCUUGCGGCGCGCCACGUGCGUAAUGACGAGUAUGCCCCUAAAUAGAAGAAUUAAGGCGUCGAAGCUUUGUGAAGGGAAAGAGAGCAUGUCAGAGUAGUUUGCCCUGAGGGGGAUGUGGAAAGGAAUUACGCAUUUCUCACACCAACACCGGCACAUCUGUGCGCGUCUAUGUCACCACCGGACGGGUCUCCAAGUCCAUGGAUAAAAAGGAACAGAAGGCAGCAGAAUGGUUGUUGUGGGAGCGAGUAACGGAACCUUCGGUAGUGGCAACAUGAGGUCGUCCUUCGUGAUAGAGGAUAGAGUCGGUGGUGAAGAUCCCGGGGGCUCGACCAACACGAUGAUCUCUGAGGCUCUUGCGCCCCGGCUGCUGAUGAUUGCGCAGGGCGCCGCAGAGGCUGCUGCAGCAGCGGCGGCGGCAGCAGCGACUUCUCCGUCCACCUCCAGUCAGCCGCAGGUCAUGGAGACGAACGGGACCCGGUGCGGCGAGCACAUCCUGAGCUACGGCCGGGUGGAGAAAGUCUUGAUCGGCGGGGUCCUCACCAUGCUAACGCUGUCCACCAUCUGCGGGAACUUACUAGUGGUCAUCUCCGUGUGCUUCGUCAAGAAGCUCCGACAGCCGUCCAACUAUCUGAUCGUUUCUCUGGCCAUGGCGGACCUGUCAGUGGCUCUGGCCGUGAUGCCGUUCGUCAGUAUCACGGACCUGAUUGGUGGUCAGUGGAUAUUCGGACAGUUCUUCUGUAACGUUUUCAUCGCCAUGGAUGUGAUGUGCUGCACCGCGUCCAUCAUGAGUCUGUGCGUAAUCAGCAUCGACAGGUAUUUGGGUAUCACAAAACCCCUGACGUAUCCUGUCCGGCAAAAUGGCUGCUGCAUGGCCAAGAUGAUCCUGUCAGUGUGGCUUCUCUCAGCCUCCAUCACCCUCCCCCCUCUGUUCGGCUGGGCGCAGAACGUCAACGACGGUAGAGUCUGCCUCAUCAGUCAGGACUUUGGUUACACUGUCUACUCUACAGCUGUGGCAUUCUACAUCCCCAUGUCAGUGAUGCUGAUCAUGUACUACAGGAUCUACCGGGCAGCCAAACUCAGCGCUGCCAAGCACACCAUCACCGGCUUCCCCAGGGAAGGGGAUGACUGUGCAGGGGUGGCUCCUCGAGGUGUAAGAGGAGGGCAUGAGGCUCACCAGCCAGCAGUAUCAGGAGAAACAGGAAGUGUUGAAGGGACAGAGGCUGAGCAGGAGGAGGAAGAGGAGGAGAGCUUGGACUGCGUGGCAGCUGCGUUGAAGCUCCAGCGUGAGGUGGAGGAGGAGUGCAGCACGCGUGUCUCUCGCCUCCUCAAGACCGGCGAACACCACCAACGCCGGAAGAGGAAAAACCAGUCCAUCUUCAAACGGGAGCAGAAGGCUGCAGCCACUCUGGGCAUCGUGGUCGGCGCCUUCACCUUCUGCUGGCUGCCGUUCUUCUUGGUGUCCACGGCCAGGCCGUUUGUCUGCGGUGUGGAGUGCAGCUGUGUGCCGCUCUGGCUGGAAAGAACUCUGUUGUGGCUUGGGUACGCCAACUCCCUCAUUAAUCCCUUCAUUUAUGCAUUUUUCAACCGUGAUCUGAGGACCACCUACAGUAACCUCCUGCGGUGCCGCUACAGGAACAUCAAUCGGAAGCUGUCGGCAGCUGGCAUGCACGAGGCUCUGAAACUGGUGGAGAAGCCAGACACUGAUGUGUAAAGCUGUGGGUCAUCAGUGAUGCUGCGGAAACCAACAGAGACAACUUCCAGGGAAAACGCCCAGUGGGGCUUAGGCUGUGGCACAAGGCCACCACGCUGCCAGACUGGUUAUUUCCCCAAAUUUGUCCGAUGAUUGCUGAGGCGAGAUGAGGCGGGAUGCUGUGAUUAAAUGGAUGCACAUGAAGGCACACAGAAGAAGUCUAACUCUUUUUUUCUGGGGAUUAAGAAAAAACUGAGGGGAAGUUUAACUCACUGGUGAUUAAUACAUACUGUCUGAACAGUGGCUGCUACUGCAGUGUCCUCUCCUCAACUGCUGAAUGAUCAUUGCCCCGAUGGUGAAGUCCAACGAUUGUAAUGAUGGUUGCUACCUUGGUGCAUUCAAAACUGGUUACAAAAGUUGGUGGAGCUACACACUGGCUUUGUACUCGGCUACCACCAGGGAUGGAAAUUUCCUAACUCUAGCCAGUUCUUGUAUUUUCAGAUUGAGCCAAGGAAAACUUGCCCUCACAAACAAAAACUGAGGAGUUCUUGGAGCUCGAUUGGCCCAUGAGGCUAGAACACCAAAUGUAUUCACCUUGGUCCCUGGUUAUCAAGGUGACGGUGUUUUUCAUUGCUUCUAAACGUCGAGUGUUCAGUGAGUUGAGUUCAGUGGACAAUCAUGACAAUAAGUGGACACGUUCUGAUUAACAGAAAUGUAAAAUGUGUACACAAGUCAAUAGCCACGCUGUUUCUGGGACAAACCUUCUGAUCUUUUGAAGAUGUAUUUUUUUGGGUCAGUAUCACUAUAUCAUCAUUUUUCCUCUACUCAAGUCAUGACCACUACUAUCAGGCUGCUCACAACAAGCAUUUUUAGGUGAGAGGAUGGAAGCCAACACGCUAGAGAUAAAGAUGUAUAGAGAAAGAAGAUCACUUAGGACUUUUUUGAACGUGUCUGUGCCUUUUCCUCAGUUAUUGUUAAAGGUUUGGCUGCAGCCCAUAAGAGUCUCUUUUCAAACUAUGCACCUCGUGUUUUAGAUUUGACACAGUGUGUGACAGUCUCCCGGGCACUCCGACUUGAUCAUGGCUCAGUUUUAGCCUUGUUGUGUAUUACGUCGCACAAUAGCUUGUGAAACAGGCACUGUCCAGGCAAAAGCUAACGGAGGAGUGGGUCAUGGUUAUAGCUUUCAAGAUGACCUACUUUCUCUUGUACAUUUUUAUUCUUAGUAACACUAUCCCAAUCCAGGAAUAUUUGUAAGUUAUUAUGAAUUUAACAAUUUAUUAUUUUUGCAGUUAAUUGUUCGGUCUAAAUAAUGCCAGAAUAUAUUAAAUAAAUGCCCAUCACAAUUUCUCUCACCUCAAGGUGAUGUCUCCAAAUUACUUGUGUGGUGUGACCAACAGCCCAAACACCAAAGAUAAUCAAUUCACAGUGACAGAAAACAGACAGAAGCAGCAAAUCCUUGCAUUUAUUAAGCAAAAUGUUGACAUUUUUGCUUGAUAAAUGACUUUAAAGACACUGAAAAUUAAAAAAAGUAA